UCUGCCUUAGGAAAGUUCCGCCGAUGGCAACAAGAUUGUAGAUCUGAAACUACAAUAAUUGGUACAUGUACUAACACGAGACAAGCGGGUCAACAGUCAGUCUGGCAGUCGCGUUUAGUGGUUAACCAGGCUAACAGUAGGCCUGGUCUGCCCUCUGCCCAAGGGAAUUUCACUUUCAAAAAUCACGUUCGCUUCUCAAGUCUUUGGUAUCAAACGGAAUUAUACGUAUGGUCUGCAGCUUAAUUAUUUUGAUCUUGGCCUGGCCCCGGGGCUUUUCCAUUCUUUUGCCACUGUCGCUGUUGAUCUGCCAAUGCUGUAGUCAUUAACGCCUUUUAUUUAGGCCCAAGACAUUCAGGCCGUUUACAAAAUUGCAUCAAAACUUGGCGGCCAUAAAAAAGUAGAUCUGAAACUAUACCCAAGCUUCGUUGUUUGUUUUUAUGGCCAAGUCCGAGUCGGACCUGGCUUCAGUGUCAAGUUUCAGUAGCAGUUGGAGCGGUAGGCGGUUCGGAUUAUUAGGUAUCACAUCCCAUAUCUCAUUGCUUUCCAUUGCUGGGUGGGUCCGCUCUAUACUCUGGGGUCCAAGUCCGUUUAUUCCAAUCGCCAUGUGGUGUUGUGGGUCACUGUGUCAGUGGACGGCUUUCGAUCGGAUGUAAGUCAACAACUUGAAGGACACAGGUUUUCUUAUGUCCGCUGCAGUGAAGUGGACAUGCCCGAGCGCACUGGCAGGCAAGCUCAUGGCUCAUAUCAGUAUCGGGGCGGCAUGCGGCAUGAGGCACAGAUGUGGCAAUCGCCAAAGUGCCGUAAUUCAAAAUUGGUGUCGGUUCGCUUGCCCACUCGAUGGUCACUGCGUUGACACUGCAUGGAUUGGGGACAGCGCCAGCGGAGUGUGGCUGAAAGCGGCUGUGAUCUGCGUUUGUCGCCUGGCCGAGUCUCGGACUGGUUGUUGCCACAUAACAGGCCCGGACAACUUUACGACCAAGAUCAAAUGAAAUUAAAAGUGCACUUGGCUAUGAUGUGACAAUUACGUGACGAGGCUUCCAUUUCCAUAUCUGACAGAGAAUCAACACAUACAUCAUCCUCAUCGCCAUCGUCAAAGACAUCAUCAGCCAGAGAUGACCGCCAAACCGAAGUUUGUGUACGAGAAGAAUGACCUGGCGACCAUAGGCAAUGUGGACGAAAACGAGGUGGAUCGCAUUGCAGAGUGCUUCAAGGGGCGCAGUCUGUUCAUCACAGGAGGCACUGGAUUCCUGGGAAAGGUCCUGGUCGAGAAGCUUUUGCGCUCGUGUGGCGAACUGAAACACAUUUAUCUGCUCAUUCGCCCCAAGAAGGGCAAGGAUCCACAGGAGCGCAUCAAGGAUAUAUUCCAGAACGUGCUCUUUGACCAGGUGAAGCAGCAGCGCGGAGAGGAGCGCAUCCUGCAGCAGGUGGUGGCCAUAGCCGGCGAUGUCCUCCUACCUGGCCUCGGCAUCUCCGAGCAGGACCUGGCUACGUUGCGCGAGGAAGUGUCCAUCGUAUACCACUGUGCGGCCACAGUGCGCUUCGAUGAGCCGCUGCGCAGCGCCGUCUUCAUGAACACGCGCGGCACCAAGUAUAUGCUUGAGUUGGCUGGCAGUCUGAAGCAUCUAGAGUUCUUCGCCUACUGCUCGACGGCCUACUGCCACCUACACGUGAAGACGCUGUACGAGAAGCCCUAUGAUCCUCCCGCAGACCCGCACAAGGUGAUGCAGGCCUGCGAGUGGCUGUCGGACGACGAGGUGGCCACCAUUGAGAAGAAGAUCCUGGGCGAUAUACCUAACACCUAUGCCUACACCAAGUCCUUGGCCGAAGCCCUGGUGGUGGAGAAGUUCAAGGAGCUGCCAGCCGUCAUUCUGCGGCCCUCGAUAGUUAUUCCCAUUUGGAAGGAGCCCAUUCCCGGCUGGACAGACAACAUCAAUGGACCGACGGGCCUGCUCAUCGGCGCCGGCAAGGGAGUCAUCCGCACCAUGUACUGCAAAUCGUCCGGAUACGGUGACUUCCUGCCCGUCGACGUGGCUGUGAAUGGCAUACUGGUGGCCAGCUGGAGGAACAUCACGGCCGGCACAGACAACACGAACCGUGUGGCCCACAUGACGUCCUCGAACGACAUCAAGGUAUCCUGGGCAGAGAUCAUCGAGCUCGGCCGCUGGGUCAUCGAGAACAAGGUGCCUCUGAACGGCGUAGCCUGGUACCCGGGCGGAUCCAUGAAAUCCAACUACUGGGUGCACUGCAUCUGCAUGAUCCUCUUCCAAUGGAUGCCGGCCCUGUUCGUGGAUGCCCUGCUUUGGCUGCUUCGCUACCCCCCAGUACUGUGCCGCGUCCAGAAUCGCAUCUUUAAGGGCUUCGAGGUAUUCGAGUAUUAUGCAAACAACGUCUGGAACUUUGACAAUUCGGAGGCUGUGAAGCUACGGAAGCUAAUGAACAACAAAGAGCGGAAGACAUAUGUGAUAGAAAAGAUCGAGCUCGAUCUGAUCGAUUACUUCACCAACUGUGUGCUCUGCGCCCGUCGUCUGAUCCUGAAGGAGUCGGACGAAUCCAUUCCAGCGGCCCGGAGACACAUGAAAGUUAUGUGGGUGGUGGACAAGGUCUACAAGGGUAUCUGGCUCUUUGGCAUCCUAUACAUGCUCUACAGGUGUUUCUUCGCCAGUUAAGCGACAGCUCCACCCGGAUGGGAUUUGUUUUUAGCUUAGUUAAGUGCUUGAGACCAAAAUUCGUGCCCUGCCCAACCAAGCCGUAGUUGAUAUGCUUUCUUCUUAAGGUCCUAAGUGUUUUAGUUUUAGUUGGUGCUGUUGAGCGGAAAUGUAAUUGAUUUGAAAUUAAGCAAAUAAAUCGUUGGUUUAUGUACUUUUGAAUAAA